AAUUGUUUUUCCAUUAAUAAAUCUUUGAUCUCUAUCUUAAACUAUUUUUUCAAAGAUUUUAAGCAUUAGUUUUUAAGAGACAUUUGCAUUGUACAUAUUAUAGAUUCUUAUAUAGGUGUCUUGCUGGCUUGAUAAUAAUCUAUAGUAACUUAGAUUUAUGAUUAAGGAAUUAUUUGGGCACUUCUAUGAUACCAUGCAUUUUGUGUUAAUGUAAUUUAACAAAAAGAAUUUUUAACAAUAGUAUCUAAAGGCAGCUAUUAAGUUUAUCUCCGAAGUAUUUACCCUGUUUUUUAACUAUUAACAAUAAUAGUGCCUUUAUAGUAUUUUAUAAGGCACUAUCUUGCUUGCAUUUAAUAAUAAUUAUACAUUUUAGGCCCAUAUAUAUCUCAGUCGAGGUAGCAUUCAUCAUAGAAGAAUUUUAAUAUUUUGAAAAGCAUGCCAUAUUAGCAUAAGAAUAGCAAAAAUUUUUUAUAGUACCUUUUAAGGAGUAAUGGUUGAAUUUGGAAAUAAAUUUUUUUAGGAUUUCUAGUACUUCAGUAUUGUUUCAGAUAGAAGAAUAAGUAAAAGGAAGUUCUCACUUUGGUUUGUAUUGAGCAGACCAAGAGAGAAAUAAGGAGGUGAGGAGACGGCAAAAUAAAUGCCAGUAGCAUUGCUGAUGAAUUUGGGGAGUUUUCAUUUGAAGAGUUACAGUUCAUUAGUAUGGCCAACUUUUUAAGGCAGUCACAGAUUAGGGCUUAUAAAUGGACUCUUGUUAGUGUUGACAUUUUUCUUUUAUUUCUUAAUAGUUCCUCUUAGUCUGUCUAAGGGUUUCAGUAGUGGUUAGCUUGCUUUCAAAAAUCUAGACUUGCAGGGCCUUAACCUUUGGCAUCUCAAGGACUCUCUAAAUUCCUUGCAAAAUUGUGUUUGUUUUCAUUUUGGUGUGGAGAAUAUAAAUGUCAUCCUAUCCUCAGAGUAGUCACAGGACCAUAAAAGGAUUAAGAACCUUGGUCUAGGUCUUUGCUACUGCUUUUUCAGGGAAGCCUUUCAGAGAGAAAUAAGUAACAAUUGAGUAUAUUUGGAAACUGAUAUUUCCUGAAGCUUUAAAGAGAAAAACCUCGAUCUAACAUUGCAAACAGAUUAAGUAGCUGUUUUGUUAAAUGCUUUGAUUUUGAUUGAAGCAGGUUUUCCAAAAAUGAGAAUUUUAGUUUGGGAUUAAAUAAAGAUUAUUUUAAAAAUUUUGUGAGUUUAGAUUAAAUAACUUUUUUUAACAGUUUCUGAUUUUUUAAAUCAUGGAUCAGUAAUUUCGUUUUGUUAAAUAUGUUGGUAUCAUAUUUUCAGUCUGUAGAUUUUCUUUUGGUCCCACAAUUACUGAUGUGUACAUUAGUUGUUUUCUUGGUAAGGCCUUUCUUUAAUGUUAUAAUUUUAUAUUGAGGUAUUAUGCAAUGUCUGAGUUUUAGGCUAUAUAAGGAGUUAGUUUUCCUAAACUUAAAAGACAACUGACAGCAUAUUUUCCUGACUUUUCUUUCUUUCUUUAAUUUUUGAUGGUGGUUGUUGUUAAGAGAUAAGUAAUAACUAUAUGUUGAAGGGUUCUCAUGAUAGGCAUUUUUAAUAGGGAGCCUUUAACAGUGCUUUAUUUUCUAGAAGGUAUAUAAUAAACAGUGGCCUAUUAAAAAUUUAGUAUAAGAAAUAUAAUACUUCCCUAAUUUACAGAACUUAAACUCCUCAUGUUUCUUGAGUUUAGGGUAAUGUAGCAUAUUUUGGUAUAGAAGUGAAUCACAUACCAAAUUAAAUGCAUGUGUACCAUACAGGUAAUUUAAUAAGUUAAUUUUACAUUUUGUAAAGUGACUUGCUUUAGUUUUCCCUUUUCACCAGCACUUCUUGUCAUUUUGACUACACUUAAUAAAUCAAUUUCUAUAUUGAUCUAAAAUAUGCUUAUGUAUACUUUAAUAUGAAAUUACAUUGCAUGGCUUUCUGACUUGGGUUUUUGUUAUAAAAGUGCCUGUUUUGUUCAUGUGUCCUGAGAGAGCAAGCAUUGUGACAUACCUGGCUAAAUUAAAAGCAGAUUGUGAAGCACAUUAUGAGUCCAAUUUUUUGAGAGAUGCCCGAGUGGUAAAAGAUAUGGCAACAGGAAAGUCUAAGGGAUAUGGCUUUGUCUCCUUUUUCAACAAAUGGGAUGCCGAAAAUGCUAUUCAACAGAUGGGUGGCCAGUGGCUUGGUGGACGACAAAUCAGAACUAACUGGGCAACCCGAAAGCCUCCAGCUCCAAAGAGUACAUAUGAGUCAAACACUAAACAGCUAUCAUAUGAUGAGGUUGUAAAUCAGUCUAGUCCAAGCAACUGUACUGUUUACUGUGGAGGUGUUACUUCUGGACUAACAGAACAACUAAUGCGUCAGACUUUUUCACCAUUUGGGCAAAUAAUGGAAAUUCGAGUCUUUCCAGAUAAAGGAUAUUCAUUUGUGAGGUUUAAUUCCCAUGAAAGUGCUGCACAUGCAAUUGUUUCUGUUAAUGGUACUACUAUUGAAGGUCAUGUUGUGAAAUGCUAUUGGGGCAAAGAAACUCUUGAUAUGAUAAAUCCGGUGCAACAGCAGAAUCAAAUUGGAUAUCCACAAGCUUAUGGCCAGUGGGGCCAGUGGUAUGGAAACGCACAACAGAUUGGCCAGUAUAUGCCUAAUGGAUGGCAAGUACCUGCAUAUGGAAUGUAUGGCCAGGCAUGGAACCAGCAGGGAUUUAAUCAGACACAGUCUUCUGCACCUUGGAUGGGACCAAAUUACGGAGUACAGCCACCUCAAGGACAGAAUGGCAGCAUGUUGCCUAAUCAGCCAGCGGGGUAUCGAGUGGCAGGGUAUGAAACCCAGUGAAAAAGGACUCUAGAAUAUAAAGCCAGUGGCUUGAGGCUACAGGGAGUGUAGUAAAGCCGUUGUUUACUUAAAAGAUUUAUCAAAUCAGUCAGUGCAAAUAUCAGAUACAAUGUAUUUAUUUAAAAGAUUCAUUUUUUUAAUCAUGAAAUUACUUAUCAUCCACAUUGUUUUUAAAAAGAAACAAGAUGCUGGAUGUCUGCCAAUUUUUGCCUUCAUUACCUUUUUUGAUAAAGUUUCUCAGAUCCUUGUUUCAAAUACAAAUGCAGGGAUUGCUGCCACUUUUUAAAAAUUAAGAGGCAGAAAAUUGCACAAUGUUGAACAUUUUUCCACUAAAGUAGUGUGCAGUUCUAGUUUGCAUUCCUGAUAUGAUUUAAAACAUGUAAUGUAAAGAUGGUUUUAAAAAAAGAAAGAAAGAAAAACCAAAACUGUGCAAAGUCUAGAAGUUCUUUGUUAUCUUCAGCUUGUGCACAAUUCUGUUUUAGAUUAAAAAAAUAAUAGGCAUUGUUUGAGCUGUCCCAUCUUCACUGUUACCCCUUGGGGUUUUUAAAUAUAAAUUAUUAGUUUACAUCAUUUUUGUAUUUACAUUUUUUCACAAAUUUGUCUUGCCUUAUUAAAGUUCUGUAAAAUAUAGUUAAAUGGAAAAAAAUGAUGUUCGCUUAGAUUGAAAACUUUUCUCAGAUGGAUUGAUAAUUGCAUUCAUCUUGUGUUUUAUAUGAGAAGGUGCCUCAAGAAUUCCGUUGGAUUUGUUUAAAAGGAUUUUUAUCUUCUGUGAUAAACUUUGCUGUGUACCAGGAACUGUAAAAACAAAAACUUGUUACUCAAGAAAAAUCUCUGAAAUGUGAUAAGUUCUUAUGCCAUGUAACUUUCAUGUGUCAACUUAUACAUUUACAUGUAUUAUUUCAUUAUGUAAAAUGUUUUAGCAGUUUAAUAUUUUGCACAGUUACCAAACUUUGUAUGUCAUUUCCUUUUUAAAGGCAUCAUGCAGAGUUGACAUAAGAUUUAUAAGGUUUUAGGUUGUUUGCAUGUGAAUAUCAAAUACAUACUUUGGUAGUCUUUGAAUACAAAUUCAUCUCUUGUUUUUCAAGAAUUUUGAGACACAAAGUUUUAUGUAAAGGAAUAUAAUUUGCCAUUUUCUAGUUAGAUUUACUUAAAAAGAGUAAAUCAACUUAAUAUGUACAAAUGAUAGCUGUGAAACUGUAGAAUAUCCUUAUGUCAGGCUUGGGGUUCCUUAUAAACUCCAAAAAUAGCCUGAAGGACCAGCCGGGCAAAGCAUUUUUUAAAUGUUCAGAGGCCAAAAGAUAAAUAAAAACAAACAAAAGAAAAAAAAAAAAAGAAAAGAAAACCUUAAAAUCCUACCUCCUUAAACAGCCUUCAAAGAAGAGAAUCCUCAGUGCAAUCACUAUUUUGAUUCUUUGGGUACCUGUUUUAUUGGAGUUACCAAUUUUAUUAUUUUGGUGUGGCUCCGAGCAUUAAGAGGUUUAAUCUUUGAUGGCAUUGUUCUAGUUUUGAAAUUUCUAGUACAUUUCAGAGUCUCUUAGAAGAGUUGUGGGAGAUGUGAUUUUUGUUUUGUUUUCAGUGAAGGUCACAAAUCCUCCUUGACUCACAGAGAGGAAGGAUCCCCAGUGUAUGUGUUUAAAAGGCUGGUGGUUUUUAAGAUUCUCCGAGAGCUCCCAGUAUUUUAUUUAGGAACCACAAAGGCCUGUGAAGUCAAAUGAGUUUCCUGGCCUGUAUCUUCCAGGUAGGACAAAUGACUCUAAGCUGGUCUCUAAGCCAAUAAUACUUUGUAAACCAGAGCCCAGGAAAGACAGCUUGUAAGUGUAUAGUUUUCUGGAGCUCAAUUCUAUGCAGUUGUACUGAUGUUUCAUUAAGUCACUGUGUAUUUUUAAGUGUUGAUAAUACAUUAAAAGUUGCUUUAUGGAAGAUGAGUAAAUUUUUCAAAUACUUGGAAAUGUUAUUUCCUUGUUAACUUCUACAGAUCAGGGCAUGCAACCAAAAGCAGCUUAAAUACUCAAAAUAAAAUAUCAGGAAGCUAUUUUUAGAUUCUUCUGGCUUAUGUUUCUAUUUUAGAAGCCUCAUUUUUCUCUUAUUAAAAAGUAUUUUCCUAUACACUCAUGGACUGCAGGGUAAGUUGUUUGGGCAUAAGUAAUUUAAUCUGAACACAAGUGUAGCUUUCUUCUCAUUUUGACUAUCUCAAGUAGUAACAGUUUUUAUUUGCCAGUAUAUUUUCUUACUGUACAAGCUUUCAACUGUACAUUGACUACUUUUUGAGGAGAAAGAGAUACCCAGUAUUCAGAAUGAAAAGGUCACUACUGAAAAAAUUCAUAUUUCAGAAACAUUGCUAACUUUGGUUUAAACCUUAGUGUUAAAACAAGUCAUUUAAAGAUUUUUCAGUCUAAAAAAUCAUACUGGAAUUAGUAUCAGGUAAGGAAAUUAAAAUUUUAAUAAUUUCAUUCUCUGCAAUAUGCAUUCAGACUUUCUGGUACUGUAAAGAACCUGAAAUGAUUCACUCUUAAUGGGUCAUUUUAAUCCAGAAUUCUUUACCCUGUUUGGAUAUUAAAGUUCCUUUAUGUUUUCUAUAA